UUGAGACUAGAUGGCGUUGUGUGACAGUCGUGGAAUAUUAUUAUUAUUACUUUGAGGUAAUGGUAGGCACUUUUACCAGGUGUUACGAAUUGUAAUGGUUUACAUGUUACUUGCAUAAAGUAGCUAAUGUAUACAUCGAUUACUGAGAGUCUCUAUUAAAGUUAUAAUAUAUUACAUAUCAUAUUUGUGGAAGUGUGACAGCGCAAUAGACGGCGUAGAGUGGCAUCUCACAAAAAUACAACUUUCAAACGAACGGUAGGCCCCUGUCUACUACAUUAGCUUUCUCGCUUUCUGGAAUCGUUAAUUCCUUUUUGCGUGUUUUGUAUGACAGUAAGUGAAACCCGUUGCUAGUGCUUAUAACCUAUAUUCAACCUCUUUUUGUGUCCAAGAUUGAAUUGCCAUUGCUUGUGUAACCCUCUUUGCGAGUAGUAACGGGCCAUCCAAUGAAAUUCUGCAUUUGAUACCCACUCUUUUGGAUUAAUACUAUCAAUUACCAUUACAAUUAUCAGGGUAAUUACAGUCUGAUAUGAGCUGUUUGAGCUUAAGGGCGAAUCUAUAUACAGCAUAAAAAUAUUAACGAAUUAUGAUGUGAGUACCACUUUUAAAAUGAAUACUAGCUGAAAGUAUAUUGCCAUUACUACUAUUGCCAUUGUAAAACCAAGAUGGCACAUUACGCUGUGCCUAAUAGCACUACACUCUUGCUUCCACUACGAAAACAGUGAACCACAACUAAUUAAAGUAACAGUUACAGUAACGUUACAUUGAACAAUGUACAAGUUAGGUAAUUGUUAGGUAAGUUACAUUAUCAUAAGACAAGAGCUUGUGGUUCAAUGUCACUGGAACGCACUUUCCAAAUGCUCAAUACUUGUUUUCGUGUUUAUACGGUGGUCAAGUACAUUUCAAUGAAUAUUGUAAUGUAAUGCUAGCGGAAAAUUGCGUGAUAAUUAGUAAAAUUGCAAUAUUUUUUUACAUGGUUGUGAUUUCUCUUAGUGUUUUUUUUUUGCUGACGAUGCAAAAUUCAUUUUGAAUCUUGCUGUUUUCUGUCCGUCACUGAGAUAUUUGAACUUACACAUAUUAAUAAUGACUAUCUUAUGUUGCAUAUCAUAAGUUGCUCUAUAAAUACAAAAAUACAUCGGAAUAGUUACUACCUGUUUAUAAAGCCUGAUGGCAUUGUCUCGUAACUACAGUUUAUUUGAAAACAAAUCAUGGUUGUUACUAUGAAGAAAUUACAUAAGAUUAAGUUAACCAACGUUAGCAAACCAUUCAACCGGGGUUAUCGAAUAUGACCUCUCUAAGUGUAUUUUUACAUGUUUGAAUCACGGCAUUUAUGUUGCACAAAAAUCUCUCAUCUCUGUACAUUAAAGUUGAGAAAUGCUGAAGAAAAACGAUUACUGUGAUGAAAGCUUGCGUUUAAUAAUUGAUUGCAGUUUUAUAUUAUUUUAAAUUUUGUUUACAGGAGAAAAUGGUAAAAAAAUAUAUCAUAAUUCUGAGUGUGCAGUUCAAUUGGAAAUCACCUUGAUUUUGCGACUAUACCAUUACUUAAAUUCCUUAUUUGAGAACCUUCUGGCCUAUAUUAUCAAACAUGGCAUAUACUAUGUUUAUUCAUGUGCUCUACUUAACAGUUGUUCUUUAGUUACAUUUAAGACACAACCUACAAAACUUACAUAAAUAAGGUCAAAGGAAUUUAAGUCAUUACUAAAAGUUUAUGUAGAACCAGCCCAACAAGCGACCGACGAAGCGAUGACUAAGCGUUUCACUAUUUUACUUACCGCAUGCCACUACCACUAUAUGUUAUGGUAUGUUUAAGUAAAACUGCUGACGUUGUGGGAGCGAGAAGGCACGCUACAAGCCGUAGAACGCUGUUUCACUUCCACUAAUACAGUUGCCUUAGUUUAGGAGAUAGAGGUAGAGCCCCAGGGGUCACAGGUAAUCUCGAAAGAUCGUCGUUGAGGUGAUAAUUAUCGUUCAUACAUCUUAGCUACUGUAUACAUCUUUUUAAUUAGUGUAGGAAUAAUCAAUCACUGCUGCUAAAAGAUUGAAUUUGGUUAAUACUUAAUAAAAAAAAUAUUAUUGCAUAAUUAUAUGCUUAAGUUUGUUCUUCUACAGUUGUUAACUGACUGGUCUAAGGUAAGUUAUUUAUAACAGCUGAACUGUAAAAAAAAAUCGCUGUUACCAUUUGCAUUUCGUUUGUGGUAACCAUUUUUAUAGCCGUUUCCUAUAAUCCAUUCUAGCAUCUCAUACUUACAUUAAUAAAAUCAAAGCUUACCAUUUUAUAAAUAUUUCGUAUAAUUAUGCAUUUUACGCAGUGCGUUUGCCGUCAUUAACAAACUCUCGAUUGCAUUUCCAUGACCUCCAUCCAAGGUUUUAAUUCAUUAAAACAGGCCAAUUAUAUUACUGUUUCUUAAUGCUCGCGAUCAAAAUGUGUGGAACCGUAAAUAUUCUCUUCAAAUGUUUUAACAGGGCGACGAAGAAAGAGAGUAUCUCUUUACAGACUUGGAAUUUUAAGUGUCUCAUUAAGUAAGUUCUUUGAAAUUAAUAUUUUUGUGAUUCGCAUUUAAUCUCUGAUUUUAUUAAUACAAUGAAUGAAUUUUAAUGUGAAUCCGAAGAAUAAUGAUGUAAGGAUAAGUGAAAUCAUUUUAUUAAAAAACUGAUCUCGUAAAAAUGGUUGUAAACCUACGAUUUUUUUGUGUUUCUCAACAUUUGAAUGCAAUUUUAUCUUACUCUUAGUAGUAUUUUAACUUUUCUGGAACCAUCAAACAUAAAAGUAGAGUAAUUUGCCAUGCAUUGCAUUUUCUAAAUAUUUCUUUGAAUCACAUGAAAGUUUAGACGAAAUAGUUCUGAGAGCCGGGCUAUUGUGUAUUGUGUCAGUUCAUUUUCAUUGCAGCCCAUAUGUGUCACAGUAGUGAAAGUGAGGAAUAUUUACGAGUUAUGAAAGCAUAAUCCAAUGGUGCUGGUAUCUACCGUAACUGCUCCUGUUGCGUGGGCGGUAGUGGAUGUUACAACUAUUAAGGACCAAAUGCUUUAUGCACUAACUAAAUACAGACAAAUGGUAAAAAGAGAAGUAGCCUUCGAAUCAUAUAGAAACUUACCAGAACGUAGAUUUUAUUGGAUAAGAAUGAUCCUAACUUACAAUCAGGUAGUAAAAUAAAUAAUGGCAAACUCGGACAAAAUUCUAAAGGGAAGAAAUAAGACACGAUCGUAUAAAUCAAAACGAACAGAGUGGUUUUAAUACUUAGAAAAUAAAGCACAAGAAAAUAUUAUGUAAAAAAUAUUGUGUAAUCCGAAACAAAACACUAGCGAAACAAACAAUAUAGACGCUCUAACAAAAACAUUUAUCUAAGAGAGUGAUUAAACGGAUGAAAUGGACGAAAAUAAUUUCCCCUUCGAGAUUAAAAAUCAGACUGUAUUUAUGGGCUCGCAGCAAUUUUAAAUCUCCUUAUCUUUACCAACCAGGUGUAAAACCCGAACUGUUAGCUUUUGCUAUAGGCGAUGUUGCAACAAUCACGAUCGACCUUGUCUCCGUAUUUUAUCGCCGUCCUUUUCUCUCUCAACACCCAUUCCAAAAGUAUUAUCAACAAUUUAUUGUUGUUAUAACUAAAACUAUUGUUAUUAUUGCAAUGGGAAUCGAAUAGAGCCAUGUGGAUUUAAAAAGGGGUAUGUAUGUGGAAAUGAUGAAGGGAUGUUGUUCCGGACAUGCGUAUUGGAGUGGGAUGGCGACAGCCGGGCAGCGAGUAAACGUCAGUUGUUGGCCGGUCGCCGCGGAGCGCGUUGUGUCCCCCGCGCCAUCCAACCGCCUCGAUACAGUACACAUAUCAAAUUUCACGCGAAAAUUUGAUAUCGUCGUCGUUUUUGUGAAGUGUUUUCAAAAAGUUUGCUCGUUCACCGGUAAAUGUUUCAAGUUUAUCCGACUUAAGUAGUUUGUUCAAAUUUGUGCCUGGAAUUAUAUUAUUUGCGCUAUUGUGUUUUUUGUUGCUCAGUGAUAUGUUCGUUACCGUUUUGUUUUUGUAGUACGUAUGGUUUUUAUUAGUAUAGCUCAUUAAUGAAUUGUUCUACUUUUAUUUUUACCUUUCCAGUAUUGUUUCUUUAUGAUAUCACCAACAGAGUUGCUUUAUCGCUACUGAUAACUCUUAUCUAUAACUUGUGUUGUUCUAUGCAUUGACAAGAAUUGCACAUUUAAACGCUUGUACUUACUUACGGACUAUGUUUUGUCUCUCGUACCGGUAUUUUUAUAUUUUAUCAGAAAAAUGUAAUUUAUUGAGUAAUGAAAGUUCAUCGAACUAUUAGUGUUUGCGAUUAAAGUAUCAAUAAUAGAAUGUAGUAACAUUAUGCAUAUGACUAAUAAGUCAUGAACACUAAGAUACAUGAUACCUAUUUAGUUUAAUGUUUCCUUAUGUUUUCUAUAUUAAAUUAAAGUUCUCGACCGUUGGAACAAGUAGAUACGCGUUUGAGAUGAGUGUCUUUAUUGUGAAUCACCGACUGUAUGAAAUGCAAAAGACAAAGAAGGGAUUUGAAUAUAAGGCGAGGGGGCCUUGAAAUUGAUCGUCUGGUACACCCCAGCCUCUGGUUAACCGAACCCUUGGAUGUAGCGUGGGCACACUUAAUGCGGUACAAAUUUGAUUUUAUACCUCUGCUUCUGAUACACAUAGAACAAACCGAACUUGUUGAAUUAAAUCCCAAAUGUAUUUUUAAUAUUUACUUAGGUGGGUAGAACAUUUCAACGGUGUAUAAUUAGGAAUUGUUCACGCAAAUUUUAAUUAAGCUCCGAGCUUAAAAUGCGAUUCAAAAGGAUUAUGCAUGGGCAUUCAUUAGAAUUUCGAAGCGUGUCCUCGGAGCUGCCAAAUUUAUUUGAAAGACUUACAUAAUAAUAAAAAGAUUGUAAAACCAAGAUGGCACAUUACGCUGUGCCUAAUAGCACUACACUCUUGCUUCCACUACGAAAACAGUGAACCACAACUAAUUAAAGUAACAGUUACAGUAACGUUACAUUGAACAAUGUACAAGUUAGGUAAUUGUUAGGUAAGUUACAUUAUCAUAAGACAAGAGCUUGUGGUUCAAUGUCACUGGAACGCACUUUCCAAAUGCUCAAUACUUGUUUUCGUGUUUAUACGGUGGUCAAGUACAUUUCAAUGAAUAUUGUAAUGUAAUGCUAGCGGAAAAUUGCGUGAUAAUUAGUAAAAUUGCAAUAUUUUUUUACAUGGUUGUGAUUUCUCUUAGUGUUUUUUUUUUGCUGACGAUGCAAAAUUCAUUUUGAAUCUUGCUGUUUUCUGUCCGUCACUGAGAUAUUUGAACUUACACAUAUUAAUAAUGACUAUCUUAUGUUGCAUAUCAUAAGUUGCUCUAUAAAUACAAAAAUACAUCGGAAUAGUUACUACCUGUUUAUAAAGCCUGAUGGCAUUGUCUCGUAACUACAGUUUAUUUGAAAACAAAUCAUGGUUGUUACUAUGAAGAAAUUACAUAAGAUUAAGUUAACCAACGUUAGCAAACCAUUCAACCGGGGUUAUCGAAUAUGACCUCUCUAAGUGUAUUUUUACAUGUUUGAAUCACGGCAUUUAUGUUGCACAAAAAUCUCUCAUCUCUGUACAUUAAAGUUGAGAAAUGCUGAAGAAAAACGAUUACUGUGAUGAAAGCUUGCGUUUAAUAAUUGAUUGCAGUUUUAUAUUAUUUUAAAUUUUGUUUACAGGAGAAAAUGGUAAAAAAAUAUAUCAUAAUUCUGAGUGUGCAGUUCAAUUGGAAAUCACCUUGAUUUUGCGACUAUACCAUUACUUAAAUUCCUUAUUUGAGAACCUUCUGGCCUAUAUUAUCAAACAUGGCAUAUACUAUGUUUAUUCAUGUGCUCUACUUAACAGUUGUUCUUUAGUUACAUUUAAGACACAACCUACAAAACUUACAUAAAUAAGGUCAAAGGAAUUUAAGUCAUUACUAAAAGUUUAUGUAGAACCAGCCCAACAAGCGACCGACGAAGCGAUGACUAAGCGUUUCACUAUUUUACUUACCGCAUGCCACUACCACUAUAUGUUAUGGUAUGUUUAAGUAAAACUGCUGACGUUGUGGGAGCGAGAAGGCACGCUACAAGCCGUAGAACGCUGUUUCACUUCCACUAAUACAGUUGCCUUAGUUUAGGAGAUAGAGGUAGAGCCCCAGGGGUCACAGGUAAUCUCGAAAGAUCGUCGUUGAGGUGAUAAUUAUCGUUCAUACAUCUUAGCUACUGUAUACAUCUUUUUAAUUAGUGUAGGAAUAAUCAAUCACUGCUGCUAAAAGAUUGAAUUUGGUUAAUACUUAAUAAAAAAAAUAUUAUUGCAUAAUUAUAUGCUUAAGUUUGUUCUUCUACAGUUGUUAACUGACUGGUCUAAGGUAAGUUAUUUAUAACAGCUGAACUGUAAAAAAAAAUCGCUGUUACCAUUUGCAUUUCGUUUGUGGUAACCAUUUUUAUAGCCGUUUCCUAUAAUCCAUUCUAGCAUCUCAUACUUACAUUAAUAAAAUCAAAGCUUACCAUUUUAUAAAUAUUUCGUAUAAUUAUGCAUUUUACGCAGUGCGUUUGCCGUCAUUAACAAACUCUCGAUUGCAUUUCCAUGACCUCCAUCCAAGGUUUUAAUUCAUUAAAACAGGCCAAUUAUAUUACUGUUUCUUAAUGCUCGCGAUCAAAAUGUGUGGAACCGUAAAUAUUCUCUUCAAAUGUUUUAACAGGGCGACGAAGAAAGAGAGUAUCUCUUUACAGACUUGGAAUUUUAAGUGUCUCAUUAAGUAAGUUCUUUGAAAUUAAUAUUUUUGUGAUUCGCAUUUAAUCUCUGAUUUUAUUAAUACAAUGAAUGAAUUUUAAUGUGAAUCCGAAGAAUAAUGAUGUAAGGAUAAGUGAAAUCAUUUUAUUAAAAAACUGAUCUCGUAAAAAUGGUUGUAAACCUACGAUUUUUUUGUGUUUCUCAACAUUUGAAUGCAAUUUUAUCUUACUCUUAGUAGUAUUUUAACUUUUCUGGAACCAUCAAACAUAAAAGUAGAGUAAUUUGCCAUGCAUUGCAUUUUCUAAAUAUUUCUUUGAAUCACAUGAAAGUUUAGACGAAAUAGUUCUGAGAGCCGGGCUAUUGUGUAUUGUGUCAGUUCAUUUUCAUUGCAGCCCAUAUGUGUCACAGUAGUGAAAGUGAGGAAUAUUUACGAGUUAUGAAAGCAUAAUCCAAUGGUGCUGGUAUCUACCGUAACUGCUCCUGUUGCGUGGGCGGUAGUGGAUGUUACAACUAUUAAGGACCAAAUGCUUUAUGCACUAACUAAAUACAGACAAAUGGUAAAAAGAGAAGUAGCCUUCGAAUCAUAUAGAAACUUACCAGAACGUAGAUUUUAUUGGAUAAGAAUGAUCCUAACUUACAAUCAGGUAGUAAAAUAAAUAAUGGCAAACUCGGACAAAAUUCUAAAGGGAAGAAAUAAGACACGAUCGUAUAAAUCAAAACGAACAGAGUGGUUUUAAUACUUAGAAAAUAAAGCACAAGAAAAUAUUAUGUAAAAAAUAUUGUGUAAUCCGAAACAAAACACUAGCGAAACAAACAAUAUAGACGCUCUAACAAAAACAUUUAUCUAAGAGAGUGAUUAAACGGAUGAAAUGGACGAAAAUAAUUUCCCCUUCGAGAUUAAAAAUCAGACUGUAUUUAUGGGCUCGCAGCAAUUUUAAAUCUCCUUAUCUUUACCAACCAGGUGUAAAACCCGAACUGUUAGCUUUUGCUAUAGGCGAUGUUGCAACAAUCACGAUCGACCUUGUCUCCGUAUUUUAUCGCCGUCCUUUUCUCUCUCAACACCCAUUCCAAAAGUAUUAUCAACAAUUUAUUGUUGUUAUAACUAAAACUAUUGUUAUUAUUGCAAUGGGAAUCGAAUAGAGCCAUGUGGAUUUAAAAAGGGGUAUGUAUGUGGAAAUGAUGAAGGGAUGUUGUUCCGGACAUGCGUAUUGGAGUGGGAUGGCGACAGCCGGGCAGCGAGUAAACGUCAGUUGUUGGCCGGUCGCCGCGGAGCGCGUUGUGUCCCCCGCGCCAUCCAACCGCCUCGAUACAGUACACAUAUCAAAUUUCACGCGAAAAUUUGAUAUCGUCGUCGUUUUUGUGAAGUGUUUUCAAAAAGUUUGCUCGUUCACCGGUAAAUGUUUCAAGUUUAUCCGACUUAAGUAGUUUGUUCAAAUUUGUGCCUGGAAUUAUAUUAUUUGCGCUAUUGUGUUUUUUGUUGCUCAGUGAUAUGUUCGUUACCGUUUUGUUUUUGUAACAAAAAUGUAGAUAGAUCAAAAGUAGGUUGCGCCUACAGUUAUUAAAGUACGAUGUCCAUUGACCAAGCAUCACCACUGGUGCCGAUCAAACCACAAGUGGCGUUGCAGAACGGUGCUUUCAUAAAGAACAGCCAUAAUCGGAGCAGCUUUUGUGGGGUGGCGCCAUCAUCGAACGGUAAUGGAACCUUCAAAACUUUCGCCGUCAAUCGCAAGAGCUGGAGUGGAAACGUGACUCUUCCGCUACAACAGUUCACGCCCGACGUUGAACAAGCUCCGCAGUUGGCAACUUUUCGCUCAGGAACUGGAACGUUCCCGAGGAACAGAGAACGGAACAAUAACACCUCGAACGGAAUAUUAACACCUAAUGGGAACUCUGUUCAGACGUUCAGAGGAAAUGAAGUGAGGAGGUGCGGAAGCUCGAACGGCCGGCGUUACGCUGAGAUCGGAAACUGGAAUAAAAGAAAUGCGACAUUCCUCGAGCCGCAUCUGCAAGGCAUAAGGAGACGCGACAGCAGGAGUUCCGACUCUGAUCACGAUGAACGCUCCACGGAGGACGACGAGAGGUCCUUGCUUCGAAGUUCGCCUCGAACAAGACUGCCUCCGCCCCCGCCACCGCCUCCAGACGACGAGCCACCUCCGCUAAAACCUAGGGAAUUCUUCGAAAGACUUCAGACACAAGCGAUGAGGGAAGCCCAAGAUAGAAAGCAUAGAUCUCGGGACCUAUCCCUCAAAGAUAAUCAACUCUUCAGACCGGUUGAUGCUGAAGGGAGUCUUGGAGACAGCCUCAGUCAGAAAUGCGACAUUCCUCGAGCCGCAUCUGCAAGGCAUAAGGAGACGCGACAGCAGGAGUUCCGACUCUGAUCACGAUGAACGCUCCACGGAGGACGACGAGAGGUCCUUGCUUCGAAGUUCGCCUCGAACAAGACUGCCUC